UCGAAAUGUGUGGAAAACACCCAUGUCCGGAUUCAGGAAUCGAUACUUGAUCAUUUGGAGAAAUGGGAGCACCGAUUUGUCUGGCUUCGUGGCUCUCCGGGCACUGGAAAGACUGCUAUAUCGAUGAGUGUCACCUCAGCUCUCGAUAAACAGGGUCACUUGGCGGCAUCUUUCUUCUGGGACAAAAAUCAGAAGGGAGAAGGACUCGAUUCAGUU